AUGGGCUACAAUCUUACCGCGGAGCUUUUCGUGGAAUGGGCCAUUGGAAUCGUUGUCGCCGGCAUCCGGAUUUAUACGCGAUGCUUCUUCGAUAAUGAAGGCAUGUACUGGGACGAUUUGCUCUUGAUCCUGGGUCUUGCAUUGUGGACUCUGAUGACCGUCAUGCUCUACCUUUGCACAGAAACAGAUGUAUACGACUCUAAUAUCGGUCUCACCACGGAGACUGCGCUGCAAAUCCCCGACAGCGAGCCGCAAUCGUACAAGAUCGGCUCCGUUUGCGGCUUUGUCGCCUAG